UCAAGUCAAAGUCAAGAUGAGUAGCACGACGGGCACUGCCGCAGCUGCUGACAAUAGUAGUAAGACGGACCAGAACAAGCCGACGCCCAAAGCAGAAGAUGAAUCCGAGCACACGUCCAUCGACACAUUUGGUGCUUACCAGCCGACGGCCCUUCCACCUGUCAUUGUCCGUGCGUGUCACCAAUUUGCUGCGAAUGCCAAUAGUCAAAAUGUGAUUGUGUUGGAUGACAAUGACAAUGACGACAAGGAAAAUACUACUCCCCUUGCAUCGCAUACAUCGGCCGCCUGUGAAUCGGCCUUGUUGGCCAGUGUCGUGGCGCCUCCCAUUCAAGAGGGAGCCACGGAUGCCAUUUUGUCAUUGGCGCAACAAGGCCGGCUCUCGCCGCUCCAAUUGGAAGGCGUCUUGUGUGGCAUUCAGCGUCAUUGUCGAUUGCUUAGUGGUGGGACUGUACGAGCGGGAUUCUUUCUAGGUGAUGGAGCUGGAAUUGGCAAAGGCCGCCAAUGCGCCGCACUGUUACUCGAUAGUAUGAGUCGCAAUCACAACAAACGACACAUUUGGUUGUCUGUCAGUCGGGAAUUGGUCCAAGAUGCGCGACGUGAUUUACAAGAUGUGGGAGUCACCAAUGUGGAUGUUCACGAUGGAACUGACUUACUCGAUAAGAAACAAUUGGGAUUGGGAUCCAAAGAUCAAAAGGGAGUGCUAUUCUUGACAUACCAACUACUCAUUAGUGACAAGCGCAUCGAACAAAUCAUUCAAUGGUGUUGUCAGACAAAUAAUGCCAAUCAUUUGACGGACAGAACCGCACUCGAACAAUCCUACAGUGGCGUGAUCAUCUUUGACGAAGCCCACAAGGCCAAAAACUUAUCCGACAAUACCAAAACGGCACAACUCGUACUGCAGCUCCAACGACGACUUCCCAAAGCACGCAUUGUCUAUGUCAGUGCCACCGGUGUCAGUGAUCUCGCACAAUUGGCUUACGCGGAGCGACUGGGAUUGUGGGGCAUUCACGCCGACACGGAACGACACUUCCACUAUUUUGCCAAUUUUGCAUCGUUUCGGCAAUCCCUCGAAUCCCGAGGACUGGCAUCACUCGAAUUGUUGGCGCUAGAACUCAAACAACAAGGAUCCUUUCUGGCACGGACGCUGUCCUGGGAAGGCGCCGAAUUCCAAACCUUUCAAAUCGAUCUGGCACCCGAACAAGAGCGUGUCUAUGAUCAAGCCGUCCAAUGGUGGAAUCAUUGUCGAGAACUCCUAAAACAAGCACUCGAUACGAUUGGCACCACCAGCGCCAACAGCAUGGUCUGGCGCAUUUAUUGGUCCGCCCAUCAACGAUUCUUCAAGGAAUUGGCCAUUUGUGCCAAAGUCCCACGUUUGGCAGAGCAUGCUCUACAGCAAAUGCAACAAUACAAUCAUUGUGUCGUUAUUGGAUUGCAGUCCACCGGAGAUGCCAAUCUGCAAACACUAUUGCUUGGUGGCAACACCACUGGCAAUAAAAGGAAAAACAACAAACUACUACAAGACGAUACCGUCUAUCCGUCUCUGUUCUCCACCGUUGCCGCUGUCAUGACCAACUUUGUACAGACACAUUUUCCCGUCCAACCGCCGCCACCACAACUCCCCAAAUUGCCAUCGUCCCAACAAGACCCAGAAUACGCCCGCAUUCAAGCCGAAAUUGAGCGCAUUCAAGCUUUGCCACCACCCGAACCCAUUCCGGCACUGGUGCAACUGCAACAAACGCUCGUCGAGGAAGUGCAACAAAUCAAGUUGCCACCCAAUCCGUUGGAUGAUUUGAUUGAUCGCUUGGGAGGGGUCGAUUGCGUGGCCGAAAUGACGGGACGACCCGGACGCAUGGUGCGCAACCACAAAAACAGAUUUGUCUAUGCCAAACGCAUGACGGACGGCACCAAAAAUGAAGAACGCGUCAAUCUCGUGGAACGACGACUGUUCAUGGAUGGCACCAAAUCGGUCGCCAUUAUCAGUGAUGCCGCUUCGACGGGCAUUUCCUUGCAUGCCGCGUCGUAUAGCAAGGGGUGUCAUCGUCGUCGCAUUCAUUACACACUGGAAUUGCCUUGGUCGGCCGACAAGGCGGUCCAACAAUUGGGACGCAGUCAUCGCAGUGGACAAGUCUCGGCACCCAUUUAUCAAUUGGUGGUGACCAAUUUGGGUGGCGAACGACGAUUUGCCGCGGCCGUCAGUCGACGCAUGGCCAGUUUGGGGGCACUCACCAAGGGUGAUCGACGCGCUGCGACCGGGAGUUCCUUGUCAGAAUUUGAUUUGGACAGUCUCUUUGGCAAACGAGCAUUGAAACGAUUCUAUGCCGCGGUGGAAGAUCAUCAAUUGGAAGAACAAGUGCGACAACAACAGCAGCAACUGCAACAGAGCAGUAGUGGACCACAAGCGACGGUGUUGAGUGCCUUGCCGUCGCGGAAUGCCCGAGAAAUCUUGGACGAGUUUGUUCUGGCAUUAUUGCCCGCAGAGGAGGGGCUCCCGGUCGCGCGAAAGCAUUCCAUGCUCUUGGCCAUGUCGGCGGAUGAAUUGGAUAUCAUUGGUCUCGAUCGAGAGGCACGGGGCAAAGCCGAUGUUCGAAUCUUUCUCAACCGAUUGGCGGGGUUGACGGUCCGUCGACAAACCUUGGUGUUCAAGCUCUUCAUGUCCACCUUGGAGGAUGUCAUUCACGAGGCGAAAUCUACCGGAGAAUACGAAGGCACGGCCGAAGAUAUCCGUGCCACGACUAUUGAAGUAAAACGUGAACACGAUCUCGCCGUGGAUCCUGCCAGUGGUGCCAUGACCAAACUGACGGAACUGGUGCUGGAUCGUGGCAUUCCUUUGGAGAUGGUUUGUCAAAUGGCAGUGGACGAGGCGAAAAAGUGGCCCGAUAACGACGACAAAAAGAAAGAGACGGACGAAAAGAAAGAGACCGACGAGGAAGUCAUUGAUGUGGACGAUGACGACGAAGAGGACGACGACGACGAUGGUUGGCUCUCCACGGGUCAGACAAACGUUGCCAUGCCGGGCUUUUACGAAUCCCGAAACCAGAUUGCGGGGCGCAAGCUGAUUCUAUUUGCACGACGCAAAUUCGAUCGUUCCUCCUUUGAGACCGAGGCAGAAGCUGACAGUUUUGAUCCGUAUGGUUGGAUGCGAAUUUCUAGACCAAACACGGGUACCAAUCUGACUGACAUGUCCUCGCACGAUCUUCUUCGCAAGUACCGACUGAUCCUUGGCAGUAAGGAGCUCAAGCAGCACAUGGGAACGGCCGUGUCGGCCGUGGACAUGGUCCUGCAGGCAAGCUCGCGGGUGUCGUCCGUGUGGGAACGGGCCUUUGAGGAAUCGGACUAUGACAUUCAUCAGAACGGUUUGGCUCCUCGGCGUCUCCAAGAGCGAUUGGUGACUGGACCGGUUCUACAUGUCUUACCUUUGCUCGAAAAGACGGUUCGGCUGCGAUCCGAAAAGGAACGCGCGUUGAAGAUUAUGCGUGCUACGAUCAAAGGCCGUCGCAUUGUUGGUGUCCGGUUUCCUCCCGGGGGUGAGGCACUUGAGAAACUGCAAGCCGAGCUUGCCCAAGUCAACAAGGAACGUGGAAAGGCAGGGAAGGCGUUCACGGACGAAGCGCUGUCCCCCAUCUGCGCCAAGAGCCGGGACUGGGCCACCACCGAGCGAAAGACAAUCAAGUCCUUCUUCAGAGUUGCUGCCAAGGCUUCGACGACAGACACGAAGAACGCCAACCAGUCGACGGAGAAGAGCAAGAGCAGUAGCGCCAAGUCGGCUCAGGGGGGCAGCAACAAGCAUGGAAAGCCGAAUACUGUCAAGCGAAGUGCCUCGAAAGGCUCGGGUGCUUCAAACAAAAAGUCGAAAUCCAUUACUUCGUUCUUUGCCAAGAAGUAGGGUGUCUGGGGUUCACGAUCUUCUGGCUGGCUGACUGAGAUUGCUGCGAAGAAUAGAAAGUAGACUAAAGGAUAAAAGCAUUCGAAACCAC